CCUCGGCACGCAGGCUCCGCGCGAGCUCGCGCACGCGCGCGCGCGCACUCUUCAGAGCCUCACUCUGGCCAGCGGGGACUGACGGGCGGAGGCUGAGCUGCUGAAGUACGAAGGGCGGAGCCCAGGCCGGCGAUGCCGGCGCCGCCGCCGCCUCCAGAGAGGAGUAUGUUUGCAACUCGAGCCAAGAAAGUGAAGAUGGCCACCAAAUCAUGCCCCGAGUGCGACCAACAGGUACCUGUUGCAUGUAAAUCUUGUCCCUGUGGUUAUGUAUUUAUUAAUAGGAAACCUCUAAAAAUAAAACACUCAGAGAAAUCAUCACCUUUUACAGCCUUCCCAAUAAUUCGAUGUGAUCUGGCCAGCCGUCUUCAGGAUUAAAUAGUCUUCUUUAAGGUAAUACUUAAAUCUUGCCCUAAGUAAACAGCCUCUGAGGUUAGUGCAAAGUCUACUAGCGUUUAUUUUUUUUCCUUCCAGUUUUAUUGAGAUAUAAUUUACAUACAGCACUGUAUAAGUUUAAGUGUACAGCAAGAUGAUUUGAGUUUCAUACAUCAUGAUAUGAUUACCACAAUGGUGAACAUCCAUCAUCUCAUAUAGAUACAAAAUAAAAGAAAAAGAAAAUUCCUUCUGAUGAGAAUUCUUAAGAUUUACUCUCUUAACAACUUUCAUAUAUAACAUACAGCAGAGUUAAUUAUAUUUACCAUGUUGUACAUCACGUCCCUAGUACUUAUUUACCUUAUAAUUGGAUAUGUGUACUUUUUGUGUACUUCAUCCAAUUCCCCUUCCCCCCCGCCUCUGGUAACCACAAAGCUGAUCUCUCUUUUUUUCUAAUUUACCCCUCAAAGUCUAGAAUU